AUGGUUCACACCUGUAACAGCAAAGCCAGCGCCGACACAUCUCAAGCGGUACCGGUGCCGAAGGCAGUCGUCGCUAAGCCCGCUGCCACUGCCGCCGCCUCCAAGAGCCCCGCUGCCUCUUCUCACAAGUGUGCCCUCUCUGGCCCCAACGAGAGUAGUCAGCCCGCCAAGAAAAAGCAGCCUGUCACCGCUGAGGAGAGCAGCUCGGAGGACGAGUUUGUUCACGCCCCGCCUCAGAUUCAGCGUCCCAAGAAGUGUAUCACCGCCGACAGCACUGACGACGAGGAUGAGCCCAUGCCUGAGGUCAAGGACGACGACGACGAAGAGGUGCCCGUUGAGAAUGACGAGUUCGAGCUUGACACCGAGCAGCCUGGUUCGAGCAAGACGUUGUCGACGGAGGCGCCGGAGCCGGGUCGCACCAAGACCUACCUCAAGUUGAAGAAACUCCUAGGCAAUGCUAAGGCCGACAAGGUUGGGACGUCGCUGGUCCUUAGGCCUGGUGGCAAGGAGCCCCCGAAGCGUCCCCUCGUGCCCGUCGAAUGGUACAGGCAGAAGAUGCACGAGAAGAAGGCCUUCGUAUCCUCUUCCGAGGAUGAAGCCGAGGGCGCUGUAGCCAACAAGUCAGCCUCUGCGCCAGCGGUAUCAAAGGGCAAGGUGCGCGAGGUCGUCCAGCCUGACGCCAAGUCGGACGGCAAUAUUGUCCAGGCCAGCAAGGACGAGGAAGAUGAGGAGGACGUCCCUCUCCCUGUACAGAAGCCCAAGUGUAAGCUUCCGCCGUUGUGGACUGUGAACGAGACAAAGGUGCCGUCGAACUCGGUGUCUACCAAGAUCACUGGCGGCACGCCCAAGGUUAGCGCUACGCCCAAGAUCAAGGCGGCGCCGGCGGUCAUCAAGAAGACCACACCCGACGUCAAGAUAGCUGCGGUGCGCCAGCCGCUCAAGCUCAAGGUGCCAAAGAAGAGGAAGCCGGACUAUAUCGAGAUUCACGACUUCUCCAAUGAGGCUGACAAGGACGCGGGUGACAACAACGAUGACAAACCUGUAGUCCAGUCUCCCAAAGUCGUCACCCAAAUCAAGACACAAAAACAGGAACAAUACGAAAUCCUUGUUAGCUUCGAGGAGUUCUGGGGUCCCGAGUUGCGGUUGACCUAA